AAAAAAACAUAAAAAAACAAAUGCAAAAUAAAGAAGAUUAAUAAAAAUAAUAAUAGUUUAAAAAGCUUGCAGAAAUCGGAUAAGGAGCUUUUGGAACAGUAUACAAAGUUAUAAAACAUUCAGAAGAGAAUGAUCCUUAACCAAAAUUAUAUGCUUUAAAAAAAAUAGAGAAAAAAAAACUAAAUAGAGAGAAAAAAUCUCAUUAAAUUUAUAUGGAAAAAAUAUAAAUGUAUUUCAAUUUUCCAGGAAUUCCGAAAUUAUCUAAAUGCUAUAGUGAUUAAAAUUAUAUUUAUUUUGUUUCAGAUUUUGCAGAAGGAAGUAACUUUUGCACUUUCAUUCGUUUAAAUUGUAAUAUAUAAAUUAAUCUUUAAUAAAAAUUAUUAACUAUAAAGACUUAUAGAAUUAUAACUUACACAAGAAAUUAUACAAUUUUAUGUUGCUGAAAUGGUUUUAAUUUUAGAAUAUUUACAUACUUAAGGAUUAUGUCAUAGAGAUUUUAAAUAAGAAAAUAUGGUUUUGACAAAAAACAAACAUCUAUAAUUAAUUGAUUAUGGAACUUUAAAUGAUUAUUGUUACAAUUUAUUAAAUGAUGGAGUAAAGAAAUUAGUAGAAAUGAAAAAUAAAAAAAAAAAAGAAUGCUAUAGUUAGUCUAAUGUUCCAGAUGAAUAAGAAUUUAGAAAUCGUUUACCUACGUUUUGUGGAACUCCAGAAAAUAUUUUAAAAAUAAUUAUUUUUUAUAAAUAAAAAAAAUAUUUAUAAAAAAAAAAAGAUAUUUAAGUCCAGAAAUGCUAGAAGAAACAAAAUGCGAUUUAAAUGGUGACUUGUGGGCUUUAGGUUGUACAAUUUAUAAAUUAUUUACAACAAAAACACCAUUUUACGAUAAAUAUGAAGUAUAAAUAUACGAUAAAAUAAAACAAGUUGAAUAUAAUAAAAAUAAUGAGAAAAUACCUUUAGAAGCUUAAGAUUUAAUUAACUAAUUGCUUGUAUUAUAACCAGAAAAUAGAUUAGGAGGAUUAUUAGUUACAGAUGAUUUGA